UAGUCAUAAGAUUUCUUGUGACUAUGAUUGUAUAAAUGUUUAUGCACAUCAAAUAAUUUUACAAGUAGCACAUUUUUUUAUUAUAUUGCGUAUUUUAUUAUAAUUAUUCUUAAAAAUUUACUUAAAAAUUUGAAUUUUUUUCUAUAAAAUAAUAAACCUUUACUAUAACUCUUUUCAAAUGCCGAAGGUGAGUCUCGUUCAACUUUGGUACUUAAUCCUUUGACUUUUUUUAGGUGGCAGCAGUCAUACUAAACAGUAUCACAUUGCUCUGUCUUUGAUUGAAGCACUCGAUUUAAUCAAAACACAUGAAAUUGAAAACACUGUUCGAUUUAGUACCAUAUUCUCAAUGAAAGACUUUGGAUCCACUGGCAGGCUUUUCUUUUUAAAGAACAUUCUAAACUAAAUGCAUAAUUUGAGACAUUAUAAAAUUAAUUCCAGAUUUAAGAAGGAAAAAACACAAGGUUUACUGGUCAAGUGAUGGAGUAAAGUUUUCCGGUUUGCCAUUUAUGUUUGUUGGAACAAAAAUUUUGGAUUGUCAUCACGGAAAAGAUAGGAACCUAAAUUUAAAACUAUCAGUUAAAGAAAAAAGGGAAAAGGAACUGCAAAACGAUCAUGGGUGUAGAAGGAAACACACUCGGGUUCAAGAUUGUAAAAAGUUUGAUUGUCCGGCACAAGUUAUCAUCACAGAAAUGAUAGAAUUUCCAGAGUAUCCGAUUCACUUAUGUACUUUGAGCCUUCCAAGAGAGAAUUUGACUGCAUUAUGGGAUCAUUUAUUGAACAAAUACCAGUUGUUAUUGCCCAAAUCAACAUAUCAAUCAACAGAGAAAUAAGAAGAAGAAGAAGAGAAAAGCGACUGACCAAACAAACGUACCGAAAUCAAAGGUUAUUCGGUCCUUCUUUAACAGGAACGGAGGUCCAGCCAAAAAUAAGAACAAGAAUAAUACAAUUAUUAUAGAUUGAGUUUGAUUUAUUUAUAAUCUACUUGAAAGAUGUAGACUACUUGUUAGUAUUUUCCAUGUUCUGCUGAGAAAGAUAAACGUAAAAAUAUUAUCAAGUACAAAAAUUUGAUUUUUUUCUUUGAUUUCGCGAUUGUAGUAUUUCAAAUAAUUUCGCGUGGAUUAAUUUUCGCGAAUCAAGGGCCUUCAAAAUUUUCGUGUGGACUAAAUUUCGUGAAAAUAGCCAAAAUCCACUUAAGGUAUAAUUUACUUAUAGGAAUUAUUACUAUUACCAUUAAUGUUAUGUUUCGUUUUAUAGCGUUGGGUAUAUCGUAGCAUGCCAUUUGUACAGGUAUUGCACGAUGGAAAUCUUCACUGGAUUGCUAUUUCAACAUAUGGAUGCAAACCAGGUGAGGUUCAUAUGAUGGACAGCAUGUUUCGUGGAAAGGUUGCUGAUCACACCAAAAUCCAAAUAUGCUCAAUUAUUAAUUGUUGUGAGGAUCAACUAAAAGUUAAAGUAAUUCCCGUUCAGCAACAAAAAAACAGGGGUUGACUGUGGGGUUUUUGCAGUAGCAUUUGCAUACCACACUGUCGCGACCAAAAAACUUUCUACAGAUAUCAAUUUUGAAACAUCAAAAAUGAGAAACCAUAUGCUGCAAUGUUUAGCUGCAAAUCAAAUCACCAAGUUUCCUCAAUGUGAUAGCCACAUAAUAGCUCGAAGAUGUGCGUCCAAGGAAAUAUUCAUCGACCUCUACUGCAGUUGCCGAAUGCCAUGGAGAGCCGCAGAGAGCUAUAUUUUAGACAAGCAAAUGGCUGAAUGUAGUAACUGUGGAGGAUGGUUUCACAGAAUGUGUGAACGGAUACCGGACUCUGUAUUUGAAGUGGAAAAUUGUAAGAGUCUGUGGUAUUGUUAUUGUUGUUUCACUAAUAUAAGUAAAAAAGACGGUUGAUGGUAACUUAAAAAUAAAACAUAGUCUUCGCUAAGUUGUUGUGUAUCCCGCGUAAGUCCAAGCUUAAGAGCCUUUGGGAUGAGGUGAAGGGGCACAGGAAGCUUUAUUUAGCCCAGUAAAAUUGGGUUUCUACA